GUUUUAAUUAAGGUUUGUAAUGUUACUUCCUCAUCAUCAGAUGACAACUGCUACAUCUCACUUUUUGUAGGGUAAUAAACACAUUUAGUGUCUUCCAACUCCUUUAUUGGAUACAAAAAGUCAGACUUGUGAGAUCAUAUUUUUUCAAAUGGCACAGAUUCUAAAUCCUGCACUGGUGCCCCCUUUCCCACAGGUCCUGCUGACCUGAGCUGGGCCAGGCACCACUUUCCUUCUGCUUCUCCUUGAUGUCCUGCAGCAGGAGAAGCACCUGCUCCACCACGCCAGGUCCCAGCACUGCAUAACCUGGGUCACAUCACCCAGGAUGGAGAAGUUCAGUGUACUCAGCACUUUCCUAAAGGAAAGAGACCUCAAAGAAGCACCCAGGAGGGCAAGGAGGGUGGCACCUCUCUGCUUGCAGCACCCUUGUCCGGGUCCCAGCCAGUCUGGUCCCCAGCCAGGACAAGCAGGGGCAACACAGUGUUCACAGGGCAGGGGAGGAGGGAGGCAGAGCCCAUCCCAAAACUGCCCCACACCCUGGCUGCUGGCCUUUUGAACCUGCUUCCCAUCCUCCACGCUCCUUAGCCGAGUCGGCUUUCGUUAACCAUUACCCCUUGGGCAGGGCAGGAGGGUGGAGGUGCCAAGGCUCCUGGGCACCAGAGGCCUUAGAAUCUUGAUAGGUACAGCUGCAGCAGGGAUAGGGUGGCAGAGGUGUCUCUGUAGCUCUCUGUGGCACCUAUUAAAGGGGCUGAGGCUGGGGGAGAAGCACAGGCAGGUGGGAGGAAAGGUAAUGGUGGGCUCUGUUCCUGACCCCUCAUGGCUUGGGCUUAGUGCAUGGCUGGCACCACAAAUGUCAGGGUGGCAUCCUGCUGGGGAACAGGCCAUGCCCCUGGCUCUGGCACUGGCAACACCUCUGCCACACGUGAUCCAGGCUGAACUUUGCCUGGUGGGGCACUGCCCUGGGCACAGUUCUGCCACAGGAACCAGCCAGUUCUGAGGUUGUCAAGGCUGCCAGCAGGGAGGACAGCCAGCACUGUGAGGACCCACCAUCAGCCAUGGGGCAGGAAGGUAUCAGGGAGGAGCUGGGCAACCUCCACGGUAUCCCCCUCUACAAAGUAUUCAUCGAGGGCUGGCCACAGGUGAAGGAUUUCCAAGCCCGCCCAGAUGACCUGCUCAUCUCUACCUACCCCAAAUCAGGCACAACGUGGCUGAGCGAGAUCAUGGACAUGAUCUACCAAGACGGCGAUGUGGAGAAAUGCCGACGGGAUGCCAUCUACAACCGUGUACCCUUCCUGGAAGUGAAGGCCCCCGGGAUACCGAGUGGUGUUGAGCAGCUGGAGAACACCCCAUCCCCACGGCUGGUAAAGACCCAUCUCCCAGUCCAGCUCCUCCCACAGUCCUUCUGGGACAAGGACUGCAAGAUCAUCUACAUGGCCCGCAACCCCAAGGAUGUUGUCAUCUCCUACUACUACUUCUACCAGAUGGCCAAAGUACACCCUGACCCUGGCACACUGGCUGAGUUCCUGGAGACCUUUCUGGCUGGCAAAGCGGCCUACGGGUCCUGGUAUGACCAUGUGCGGGGCUGGUGGGAGAAGAGGAAGGAGAAGAAGAUCCUGUACCUCUUCUAUGAGGACAUGAAGAAGGACCCACGGCAGGAAGUGAAGAAGAUCCUGCAGUUCCUGGGCAAGGAGGUGGUGGAGGGAACAGUGGAGAGGAUCCUUCAGAACACCUCCUUCCAGGCGAUGAAGAAGAACCCUGCUGCCAACUAUGAGACCAUGCCCACUGCCUUGAUGGACCACAACCUCUCCCCCUUCCUCCGUAAAGGGAUCUGUGGAGACUGGAAGAACCACUUCACUGUGGCCCAGAAUGAGCGCUUCGACCGGCACUACCAGGAGCACAUGGCGGGCACCGACCUCCACUUCCAGAUGGAGAUGUGAGGGGCUCAUCCCCCUUUCCAGGAGGACUCUGCUUCUCCUCUCUCACCCAGUGGGGAGGGUGGGUCCAGACGGAGCAUCCUUGCACUGAUUUACUUUUGUCCUUGCAAUA